UACAUUAUAUUAUUCUAUGUGUUCAAAUGCCAGAGAGAAGAAAAGGUAUUGUUUUCGCUCGUUGUAUAUAUCUUGCAAAUUCGUUAAAAUCGCAAGAUCACUUGAUCGUACAUUUGAAAGUAAUUCACCAAAAGCAAUGACAAAACGGCUCGUGACUAAUGCACGGCUAACCCGGAUCUCUGCACCCAGUCCCAAAUUCUUGGCACACCACCGGUCCAGGAUCAGAAGAACCCUUAAGUGAUAUUGUUGACUCUAAGGCCACCCCUUACACGAAGCACCAACGCUAGUGUGACUUGGGGCAAAACACAUGUUGACAGACAUGAUAGGAACCUCGAGUUCUUGCCUGCACCUUUGUUACACGCUCCAGGCGUGGAACGGGUUCGUGUCCCAGCUGGAGAUGCUCCAGACGGCCAUCCCGGAGCGGCUCUACUCCAAACUCGUGGCCGACCUGCUGCAGGCCCUGGCCCGGGCGGACACCGACGCGCUGCAGAACCUCCUCCAGGCCACCAGCACGGACUCGGCUACCGGCGGCAUCGAGGGGCAGGGCCGCCGGGGAGGAGUCGACCUUCUGGCCGCCCUGGACAACUUCCUGCAGACCAAGAGAUCAGCCCACCGACGCAAACACCACACACUGCCGACUGCAGAUGAAGAGACCGCUGAAGUUGUCGGCAUGUAUGAAGGGUUGAGGUCAGGAAGUGAUGAGGACAGGAUCCAGUCAGAGGCAGAGAGGGAGCAGGGUGGAGCGAAUCCCCACGGCAGGACGAAGCGGAUGGUGGAGGUGUUGUUAUCCGGGGACCGGGAGAGAGAAGCAGCCCGGCAGGAGGAGACGGAGGUGGAGCGGAUGAUCCGGCGGCUGGUGGCGGAGGCGAGCGGCAUGAUCCUCUACACCCUCAUGAGCGACUCCCUGGCCGAGCUCCAGCCGGGACAGUCCUAGAUGAUGGACAGAAAAACCCCAAACCGAACUUGAACACUCGGUACCGACCGUUGCACCAUGAUGGGAUUACUCCAGAGCGUGGCUAUGUCUGCAGUUAUUGAUUGACGGAUUCAUCGUGUCCAAUCAGAAGUCAUGUUUUUGAUGACAUUAAUUUAUUUCUAGGACGACGAAGAGUUGACUUGUCAGAUUCUUCUAUUGCAUGUUUUUUGUGCCAUCCUUAUUGUUUUACAUGUGCCUUAUUUAUUUGAGUUGUCACGGCAACACGUUUAACAUUUUUGUUUGAAAUAUUUCUAAACGUUUUAUUUACAAGCAUCUUAUUUAUUUUGAUUUGUAGUCAUGUAAAAUAUGACUGUCUCAGCUAUUCCUGAGGGUUAAAUCUGUUAGUUUCAUUAAUAAAUACAUCUUGAAAUGUCAAAUCAGUAGAGCCAAUAAGAGUGCAGAUGUCAGCCUGUAGGAAAUCAAUUUUGGACAUAAUGUCAAUGCAAUAAACAAUGGAAGUAU